GGAAGUGAGCCAGAACCAUCAUUACCUAUACUACUUGGGGUGUUCCAGUUUCAACACUUAAAGACCGUCUUCUCGGAAAUGUCAGCCUCGACAGUCAAGUCGGGACCGAUGCCGUUAUUUACAGCAACACAGGAAUCAUUUUGGCCAGUCACAUUCGGGUUAUGGGGAAGAUUGGCUAUGGUUACACUCGUCAGGAGACAAUCAACCUUGCGAGUGACUAUGCUGUCCACUUGGGAUAUCGGGAUCGUUCUCAUCCAUUGAGCUUACGGUGGUUGUACAGCUUCAUUGAUAGAUGGCCAGAACUUAAAGUCCAGAAACCACGCAAACUUGAGGCUGCAAGGGCGAGAUCGGCGACCAAGGAGAACAUUGCGAGGUAUUUUGAAGAGCUGUCACAGGUCAUAAAGAAACACAGCUUUGAUAAUUCUCCUCAUGCUAUCUUCAACAUCGACGAGAAAGGCCUCUCUACCGACGUUACACCCCCCAAGAUUGUUGCCGGUGUUAAUUGCAAGGCACAGACCGUGACAUCGGGAAAGUCUAAAACAGUCACGAUGAUUGCAGCUGUCAGUGCAGUUGGCGGGAAUGUUCCUCCUUAUUUUGUAUUUCCUGGUCAACGGAUGAGAGAAGAACUGCUGUCUGAAGCAACACCUGGAGCCUCUGGCACUGUGUCUAAGACAGGAUGGUCGAAUACGGACGUAUUCAGCACCUACAUGAAGGAUCACUUGGCGAAAUACCUGCCAGCUCGUGAAGCAGAUUCACCCGUUCUUAUAUUAUAUGACGGCCACAAGAGUCACGUGUCACUUGGUUUAAUUGAAUGGGCGAGGCAAAAUCACAUCAUAUUGUUUGUUCUUCCACCUCAUACCAGUCACCUUUUACAACCGCUUGAUAUCGGGUGUUACGGUCCUUUUCAGACCACCUGGAUUAGAGCCUGUCAUUCAUUUCUUAGAGAAAAUUCCGGGAGAGCCAUCAGUAAACAUGACAUGCGGGAUAGCAUGUAAAGUGUUUAAUUCCACUUUGACGCCUAUUAACAUUGUAUCUUCCUUCAGAAAAUCUGGAAUCCACCCGUUCAACUCUGAUGUUGUUGAUGACUUGCUUGUCAUGCCUGCCCGGUCUUUUACCAGGCCCCCGCCGUCUGAUUUGGAAGUAAAUGCAGUUGUUGCCAAUACUGAUUGUGCUGCAUGAGAUUUUCUGGAAUAUCGGGGUGGCGAAGUCUUGAAGAAUGUGAAAACGUUUAAACCAAGAAAUACACUGAGUAAAAUCGUCGGUGGGAAGGCAAUAACUGACCAGACAAUACUUGACAAAAUUACAGCGCAUCGGGAUAAACAGAAUAAAGUCGGCAAACAGAAUCCGCGUAAGAGGAAACGGGACAGUCAACGUGAUCCAUGCACUGACCAGCCCACAACAUCAGGCGUGGAUAUAUCUAUGGGAAAAGGCAAUUCUUCCAAUAACAACAAAGCCAAGGGGAAGAGAUCUAGUCGCGAUGGUACUGCUGCCAAAGCUACGGGCACACCUGUAGUCCCACCUAGUUUCACAGACAGUGAAACAGAUGAUGACGAUGUCUGUUGUGUUUGCGGGAAAUUCACUCCUGAUGCCUUACGGUACACUGACACAAUCACAUUUGUGAAGUGGGCAGAGUGCAGAAAAUGUGGACAUUGGGUGCAUCUAGUAUUUUGCACGAAGUUACAAUUUGUCCGCACUCAUACACAAUUUCUUUGUGCCCACUGUGAGCCAAAGGUUGAAGAGUAAAAUUCAUAGAUGUUUUCAAAUGUUCCAGUUGGAGUGACUCAUUUAAUAUUUCUUAAUUGAUGUUGGAACUACGUUGAGUUCCAUUGUAUUUUCACCAAAAACAUUCACGUGUUGUGUAUAAAACAUAAUUUUGGUUUUCAUCAACGGUGCACCAUACAUUCUUCGUGUGAAAUGUCAUCGCCGAAAACAGGUGACGUAGGACGCAUCUCCCAAAUAUGGGCCACUGCAGUAAUGGCAGCAGGCGACAGCUAAAUUUGAAGAGUGUCGUCAUUAAAAUGUGAGUGAAUAUCCUUUGACAGAUGAUUGUUGCAAAAUGAAUUGAUUUUAUUUGAACGUGUAUAAUUUUACCGCGCACUUUUCGUACAUCGCCGAAAACAGGUGAAACCGGGAUAUAUAAGUAGGUGCAGUUUGACUACCAACCAGAAACGGAAAAACGGUCCCAUUGUCAUAAUCAACUUAAAAAAACCCGCUAAAUUCCCUGAAGCCCCAAAACACAUAUCCU